CACUCACUGACUCCUUCACCAGCAUCAUCAACAUCAUGAAGGUGGUUCUCGCCCUGACUCUGGUGGCUGCCGCUGUGGCUCUCCCGUCCUACGCCCCAUCCUAUUCGGGUCCUGCUCAGUACAACUUCGAGUGGACCGUGAAUGACGGUCCUUCCGGUAACGACUUCGGCCACCAGGAGAAUCGUAACGGUGACAACACCCAGGGGUCGUACUACGUGCAGCUUCCCGACGGUCGUCUGCAGCGGGUGACCUACACUGUCAAUGGCGGCUCUGGGUACGUGGCCGAGGUCACCUACCAGGGCGAGGCUCAGCAUCCAUCCUACAGGCCAGCCCCAUCCUACAACCCAGCCCCAGUGUAUGGUUAAAACAUAUAAUCAUGACCAUUGUGAUUUAAAUAUUAUGUAAUUUAUCAAUAAACCCCCCAACUAUAA